UUAACCCUCCACUCGAGCGUGGUACAGAAAUCCGACUUUACCUUAAGGAGGACCAAACGGAGUAUUUGGAAGAACGCAAAAUCAAGGAAAUUGUAAAGAAACAUUCCGAAUUCAUUGGCUAUCCUAUUCAACUUAUCUCACUGUCUAAUGAUUGGGAGGAGCAUUUGGCCGUCAAACACUUUUCCGUUGAGGGUCAACUUGAAUUCCGCGCCAUCCUCUUUGUUCCACGUCGGGCUCCGUUUGAUCUCUUUGAAACAAAGAAGAAAC